CUACAUCUAGGGCGAUUGGCAAAUGAUGUUGUCUAGGACCCGCCGCUUGCUUCUUUUGCCCACCUCAAUAUUCGUACCGAACAAUUCUCCCAAAUAUGAAACCCGCAGAGAACCGCUCUGGUGGCUUGCCGCGUUCAUCAAUCACUACGAUAUGCGCGACAUCCCAUAUGACUGCGGUGGCCAGGAUGGCUCUUGAACUUCCGCCUGUCUAUCUUCUUCCCACUCACUUGAACCCAGACGAGCUACACGACCUCGAAGGAAAGAUCCCAAGCUUGACAUAUAACAUACAAGAAGCCAACAUCGUCAUUGGGAAAAUCUCCCAGCGAGAAAGGGCACUUUUCGAACUUAGACGCGCAAAAGUGCUGACCGAUCCCAUCGAUGCGACUAGAAUCUCUGAGUCGCCAUCCGCAACUCCUCGGAAGCGCAAGAGGGCACUGUCUGGUAGUGGCAGCGAGUCAACCUUGUACAGUGAAGAUGGAGAAAAGUACGGACCAGUUCCAAUGCAGACCAUAAAGGCUCUUGCGAACAAGUCUGACAACACCAAUACUGUCAAAGUCGUAAAGCUUGCAUGGCUCACGGACUCUCUUGCGCAAGGCGAGAUUCUUCCGCUUCGCAACUAUCUUCUUUAUGAAGGCCGCAAGAAGGGUACGUCCGAGACGCCUACCACGACCAAGGGAAAUGGCAUAUUAUCUCGCGCUGCGACCGACGACCUCUGGCAAACACGAAACAGCGCCUAUCUUGAAGAGAGGAGGAGAAAAUAUCCUGCGGACAUGCAUCAAACAACGCCUUCGCUGCUUAGGCAGACGACCUCGGAGCACGAUUCGGUGCUUAAGCUGCCGCCGAUCCCAUCGUUCCUCGGAUUAACGUUUGCCUGUCAAAGACCGACCCCUGUUGAUCCUCCAAAUGGCAUCUUUGUUGACGAGUUGAAGAAGAUACGGCUUAAUCGAAAAAUGGUGGGCGAUCAAAUAGGGGUGAGGGCCUACUCAACAUCCAUAGCCACCCUAUCAGCAUACCCUUAUGCGAUUGGCACGCCACAAGAGGUAGCAAGACUCCCUGGCUGUGGCGUUAAGAUUGCCGAGCUGUGGCAUGAGUGGAAAGAAUCUGGCAGGCUUUGUGAAGUAGAUGAGGCCCAAGCCGAUCCCAGGCUGUCAGUGAUAAAAACAUUUUACGAUAUCUGGGGAGUUGGCGACAUCACGGCUCGAGAUUUCUAUAACAGAGGAUGGCGAGACCUUGACGAUGUCGUUGAACAUGGCUGGCACACCUUGGGCCGAGUUCAGCAAAUUGGUGUCAAGUAUUAUGACGAGUUCAAGCUUAAAAUACCGCGAACCGAAGUUGAAUCUAUUGCUGACGCCAUUCUGGUACAUGCCCGCAACAUCAAUCCGGGGUUUGAGCUAGUCAUUGUCGGUGGUUACCGGCGUGGUAAACAGGGUAGUGGGGAUGUCGACGUAGUGAUCAGCCACCGGGAUGAGUCUGCUACGAUGCACUUCGUCGACAAGUUGGUCGUGAGCUUGGAGAAGAGCCGACAUAUCACACACACGCUCACGCUGAGUAAUCACAACAGUGAGCGUGGCCAGCGGCCCGUCAGUUGGAAGGGCAACGAGUCAAGAGGGAGCGGUUUCGACACUCUUGACAAGGCACUUGUGGUGUGGCAGGAGCUCGAGAUCGAGAGCCACAAGGGGUAUCCAAAAGAAACGAAAGAGAAGCCGCACCGGCGGGUGGACAUCAUCAUCAGCCCCUGGAAGACGGUUGGAUGUGCAGUCCUAGGCUGGAGCGGAGAUACAACGUUUCAACGAGACCUGCGUCGUUACUGCAAGAAGCAGAAGAGCUUCAAGUUCGAUAGCAGCGGUAUCCGAAGCCGAGUUGAUGGUAGCUGGAUCGACCUGGAAGGCGGGAAGCUCGGGAAAGCUCCCGACAUGCUGACUGCCGAGAAGAGAGUAUUCGAGGGUCUUGACCUCGAAUGGGUCCGUCCAGAAGACAGGUGCACCGGGUGAAGAGGAGGAUACCCCCCCCCCCCCUGUGGCAGAUCUUGUGGUGAAGCGGAAGUUAAAAUGGCGUGCUGGAUCCCGCCAGCUUUUCAUUGGGAGGAAAGCGCUCCAGACGCCCCGAAGCGCGCUCAACCACCUUUCGCGGCUUGAGAGUAAAGACGACGUAAGGUUAAUCUGGCAUCGGGAGCGGGUUCUAACUCUGCCAUCGUUUUGUGGUUGAACCAGCAGGCAGACCUCGACGUCGAUUGCAUCUUAGUGAUGGAAUUUUUUUGUGGACAAGUUGUCCACCCAACAUUCAAUUAAUCAGACUGGCCAAAAGUCCGCCUCGAAAGUCCGCAGUCCGGACAUUGGAAACGCAAUGCGCCGAGCUCUUUCGGGGAUGGCGAUUGGUCAUAGGCCAAAAGACCAUCAUUGACAAUCGGGACUUGAAUGUGGCCGGCGUCCGCUCCCGUCGGGAAUGUCUUGGGGCUUGUCCGUGUUGUGCAUGU